CGAUUUCGCCGCCGGCCACAAAGCGCUGGAUAGGGCGCUUGUCCCGCUAGAUUAGCUCACCGAGGGAUCGCGAGCCACCCAAGCUUCUCAGACAGGCAGCUGUUCUGCGUCUCCGCGCUGCCUUCACCCACACAACCUCGAUAUCCGACUGUGCGACCGAUUGACGCCGAUUGACGCCGAUCGACAUCGACGCGCGCGAGAAUGGAGGAAGAAGGCGAGAUCGACGACCCCGCCGAGCCCGUCUGCAAAUUCAUCAAUCGCGGCCCGCCCUUCGCGAAGGCCUUGGACGGCGAGGACCACUGGGACGGCGGCGAGGCCAAGCCGGUCGAGGGCCCCGAGCCGCCGCCGCGGGCGCGCUCGCCCGGCGACGACGACCGCCGGGACGACCGCCGGCCGCCGCCGCGGCGCCGGUCGCCGAGCUACGACCGCCGCCGGCGCUACAGCCGGUCGCCGUCGUACGAGCGCCGCCGCCGCUACAGCCGGUCGCCGAGCUACGAGCGGCGCCCGUACCGCUCGCCGUCCGAGGAUUCCUAUGGACGACGCCGCGGCUAUAGUAGGAGAUCGCCGCCGCCGCCGCGGCGCCGCUACUACGCCGACGACCGGAGGCGGCGCUACGACCGGUCGCCGCCGCGGCGCCGCGACGACCGGUCGCGCUCGCCUAGGAGGGACUGGGAGGACCCGCGGCGCCACUACGACGAGCGGCGGAGCCCGUCGCCGCGCCGUGGGCGGUCGCCGCCGCGGCGGCGCGCGCCGUCCGACGACUUCGGGCGCGAGCCGCCGUCGCGCUUCUCGGACGACCCGAGCCGCGUGCCGCCGCCCGAGGCGCCGCCGGAGAAGAAGCCGGCGUCGCGCUUCGCCGGCGCCGAGGCCGCGCUCGCGCGCGAGAAGCGCAAGGCCGUCGCCGAGGCGCUGGCGGGCGCCGAGAAGCCGCCGGCGCCGGCGCCCAAGGAGCUUAAGUCUGCGGUGGCCGCGGCGGCCGAGGCCGCGAAGCAGCUCGCGUCGGAGAAGCUGCCCGAGGACGACUACAUGAACGAGAGCUUCGUCGCGCCCGAGCCCGAGAAGAAGCCGCGCCGCAAGAAGAACAAGGCCCUGCCCGCCGAGGCCGUCGAGGCGCGCGCCAAGGCCGCCGCCGCUUCCACCAAUACGCCCGCCGCGCCGCCGUCGGCCAACAGCACCGCGGCGCAGAUGUACGCGGCCCAGCAGUACUACGCGGCCCAGCAGAUGCUCCAGGCGCAACAAUACUACGCGGCGCAUUACGCCGCGGCCGCGGCGUUGUACUCGGACCCGACGUACGCGGCGCACUACGCGGCGAACGCCGUGCGAUCCGCGGGCGAGCCGCCGGCGCCGGGGACGAUCGUCGCCGGGGCCGCCGUGGCCGGCCAGCCGCCGGAUCCCGCCGUCGCCGCGGCGCUCGCGUCGGCGGCGGCGAUACCGCCGCCGCCGCCGCCGCCGCCGCCGCCGCCGCCCGACGAGCCGCCGGCCACUGAUGCGGCCAAGACGGCUUCAAGUUAG